AGCCGCGCGUCCGGGGAGGCUGGCGGCGCGGGCGGGCGGGGACGGCAGGCUGGGGGCGGCGACGGCGAGGGGCCGCGCGCGGAGGGCGCCGGGCGCAGCAUGGGCGGCCCGCGGGCCUGGGCGCUGCUCUGCCUCGGGCUCCUGCUCCCGGGAGGCAGCGCCGCGUGGAACGUCGGGGGAGCCCAGUUCUCCGGACGCAGGAACUGGUGCUCCUAUGUGGUGACCCGUACCAUCUCAUGUCACGUGCAAAAUGGCACCUACCUUCAGCGAGUGCUGCAGAAUUGCCCCUGGCCCAUGAGCUGCCCAGGGAACAGCUACAGAACCGUGGUGAGACCCACAUACAAGGUGAUGUACAAGACAGUGACCACGCGUGAGUGGAGGUGCUGCCCCGGGCACUCAGGGGUGAACUGCGAGGAAGUUUCAGGUUCCGCUGGCUUCUUGGAGCCUGGCUGGUCAGGCAACACCAUGCGACGGAUGGCACUUAGGCCCACAGCCUUCUCAGGUUGCCUCAACUGCAGCAAAGUAUCAGAGCUGACCGAGCGGCUGAAGGUGCUGGAAGCCAAGGUGGCAGUGCUAACUGUCACUGAGCGGGCAGUGCUCCCGACCCCAGCAGCACCCGGGGACCCUGUCCCACUCUGGGGCUCCCCAGCUGCCCGGGGUAGCCCGGGAGAUGGAAGCCUCCAAGGGCUACCAGGAGCCAGAGAGAACGUGAGGGCCCCGCUGCUCCCUCGAGAGGAUCGAGUUGGUGGCCAGGGGCUUCCUGGGCCCACUGGCCCCAAGGGAGACACUGGCAGCCGGGGCCCAACGGGGAUGAGAGGCCCACCAGGUCCUCAGGGCCCCCCAGGAAGCCCUGGCCAGGCUGGAGCUGUGGGCACUCCUGGAGAGAGGGGACCUCCAGGUCCACCAGGGCCUCCUGGCCCCCCUGGGCCCCCUGGUCCCCCAGCCCCUGUUGGACCACCCCAUGCCUGGAACCCCCAAUAUGGGGACCCAUUACUGUCCAACACCUUUACUGAGACCAGCAGCCACUGGCCCCAGGGACCAGCCGGACUCCCAGGCCCCCCAGGGCCGAUGGGUCCCCCUGGACUUCCUGGUCCCAUGGGCAUUCCUGGGAGUCCUGGACACAUGGGACCCCCAGGCCCCACUGGACCCAAAGGAAUCUCCGGCCACCCAGGAGAGAAGGGAGAGAGAGGACUGCGUGGAGAACCUGGCCCCCAAGGCUCCACGGGGCAGCGGGGAGAACCUGGCCCCAAAGGAGACCCUGGUGAGAAGAGCCACUGGAACCAGAGGGGUCGGGGGCAGGCCCUGCCGGCACAGGCACCCCCAGCCUCCUGCGGGGCAAGAGGGGAGGACACGCGGCCAACUACCGGAUCGUGGCCCCCAGGAGCCGCAACGAGAGAGGCUGAGAGCAGGGGCGGCCCUAGGGGCAGACCUGGCCUGGCUUCCCUUCCUAGCCUGGACUUGGCCAACUGCCUCCAGGGACCGCCCAUGCAUAUUUAUUAAUGUCCUCAGGGUCCCUUCUGCCACCUAGGCCUUUGGGAUAGGCAAGUCUUGGUCCUGACACCCCGUGCAAGUCUGCCUACUAUGAAGCUGAGAAGGGACUGUGGCCUGAGAGGGAGGGGCAGCCCAGGCAAGAGGUGAGACCUUGCUCAGGGCCUUGGGCCUCCAUUGCCCUCUGUGAAAUAGGAUGGUGCAAGCCUGCAGGGAAGGGGUGGCAGGUUGGAGGCUUCGGUUUUCUCACGGGCUGCCCGGGCAUCCAGGCCUGUGGGCACUGAUGGGUGGCUGGAGCUAGGGUUCUUCUGGGCCCUUAGCACACACGGGCUGGUGGGGAAAGGCAGGCUUGCCUCUCCCUCCUCCCCAGCCAAACCUCGGGGAGCCCACCGCAGCCCUCCUCUCCUUGAUUUCUGGUGCUGGGUCCCCACCCUGAGCUCAACAGGCAGGACAUUGCAUAGGUCCUGCCUCCUGAGCCCCCAGCCCCUCCCAUGUCCCAGGUGGGGGCGGAGGCAUGGAGAGGGAGGGGCACCCUGGAGGAAGAGGUCUCCAGCCAAUAAAGGCACCCAACCUGA